UUGCUAAACUUCGUCCCCCGAGGGAAGGCGUCAUUGUCAUCAGAAGGGGCGGCAGCUUUCUUCUGUGCAAGGACCGAGGCGGUGGGAUGCCUUGAUGGGCGGGGCCGAUUGUUCCUUCGGCGGUGUCUGCAGAAGGAGGAGGAGGAGGAGGGUCCUCUCGGGGCCGGGAAGGGCCAGUCCGAGGCGGGAGGGAGUCUGUCUGGAGUGGCCGAGGAAGGCGCAGGGUGUGCGGCCGGCAGGCGGGCGGGCGAGGCGAGGCGAUAACAGAAUUUACAUGCUUCAGUCUAAUGUGGUAAAGCAGUGUACCUUCCAGCAAACAACAUGAUGUCAAAUAGAAAUAAUCUCUCUUACCAGAGUCUUGGAACAGACUCCAAUAAACUGUUGGAAGAGUACAGUCACUUGCAAGGCCAGAUGGAAUUACAAAAUACCAGUUUAGGAAAGGAGAUGGUGAUGAAUUCUCUUGAAAAUGAUCUCCAGGAUAUAAUGGACCGGCUGAACCAGAAGAAAUAUUCAUCAAGUCUGAAAUUGAAAACAAAUGGUGACUACCCUGGUUCUUAUUUAACACUCUCACAGCCUCUGUCACCACCGAGGUCCAGCCCUGCGUCCAGUGUUAAAAGUGUGUCAUCUGUUACCAAAAUUCAAGGAAAUAAACCGUUAGCUUGUGAGAGCUCUUAUCUUUCAGAGAAGAAUGUUGCUGCAAAGCAUAUGGGCUCCAUUUCAGCCACAUCUCCAUUCUUAAGUGGGUACAGUUUAGGAAGGCGGGAAUUCGAUAUUUAUGCUACGAGAGAAAAUGAAAAACAUUUUGAACAUCUGGAUAAGUCUCCCUAUUCAAAGUACAGUCAGAAGAAUAAAUCUCACGAUAAUGUCUACUUCCCAGGAGGUCUGGAUGGGCGGAAAAACUCUGGAUCUCUUCUUGCGAUGUGGAAUGGAAGCUCAGGGAAUGAGGUCAUGUGUUCACCAAUCAGCAGCUCUGGCGCCGCCAGUAUGCCCUCCAGUCCAAAGCAAGGCAGGAGAGUGAACAUGCAUGAUCUCUUGUCACUUCAAUCAAGGGUAGCUAAGCAGAAGGACCCAACAAUGGAAACUCUAGGGUCUAGAACCAGGAAGUAUUCUGGUAGUUCAUUGAGCCACAUGGGGGUUUAUAGUCGUUCGUUACCUAGGCUUUACAAAUCGACGGAAAGCCAGCUCAUGGCACUAAGUUUGCCCCCAAGAAGCUCCCUUGGGAAUUCCAAAAGAAAAAAGACUCUGGAAAAAGAUCUUCUACCUCAAAGUACGCUGGAUGCUGACAAUUACCUUAAUUGUUCUUCUUACACCUCAGGGGUUUCACCGUAUACAAACCUUGCAUCUGAAAGUCAUUCCUAUGUGAAUUCUACUCUCAGUGUUCCUGCAAGCCCUCGUAUAGCUCGGAAAAUGCUUCUGGCUUCUUCUUCUUCUUCAUAUGCAUCUGAUGACUUUGAUAGAGUCUCAGGGACCAGCCCCAGUAAUUCUUUUAUUCCUGUAGACUCUGAGAGAGCAUUUCCUGUCAGAAGGAAGAUUUCUAACAGUUCCAUGGAGUUUGAUGAAGCAGAGCUGGAAAACGUGAGGCAGGCGCCUUCUGUUCGGGAGAGGAAGAAUAGCAUUAGUUCUGUCUCUGGAAGUGAUGACCUAAUGGACUACCACAGGAGGCAGAGAGAAGAAAGGCUUAAAGAGCAGGAAAUGGAGCGAUUGGAGCGCCAGCGUCUGGAAACAAUUCUUAACUUGUGCGCAGAAUAUUCCAAAUCUGACAGUGACCCUGCCACUGUUACAACUGUAGCUGAUGUUCAGAAAAUUAAUAAAGAACUUGAAAAGCUCCAGCUGUCUGAAGAAGAUUCAGUAUUUGAAGACUCUCAGAUGACACUGGAAACCAGAUUCAGAAACCACUUCCACCCACCUGCUGGAGAGUCUGAUUUCUCUGAAUUCAGUGAUUUUGGGCAAAAUUCUGUUGGCUUUUUUUCCCCUGGUGGGAUUAGGACCAAUAAACAUGUAACUGAUAACAGGACAAGUUCACCUCUACCUUCUUCUCCCUUCCUGAUGAAUGUCAAUGAAUCUUCAUACCUAAGCAUCAUGUCAAAGACAUCAGACUGCAUAAGUGAUGAACAAAGAGCACAGCAGCUCAACCAAAUGGAAGAGCAGCGUAUUAUAAUACUGAACAACCUGGAAGAACUUGAACAAAAGAUCAAGGAUUUAAAUGAUCAGAUGGAUGAGUCCUCCAGAGAGAUGGAUAUGGAAUGUGCUCUGUUGGAUGGAGAGCAGAAAUCUGAAACAGCUGAACUUCUCAAGGAGAAGGAAAUUCUAGAUCAUUUAAACAGGAAGAUAGCCGAGCUGGAGAGAAAUGUUAUUGGCGAAAAGACUAAGGAAAAAUUAAAGCUUGAUGCUGAGAGGGAAAAACUAGAAAAGCUUCAGGAGCUUUACUCCGAGCAGAAGACCCAGCUUGAUAAUUGCCCCGAGUCCAUGAGGGAACAAUUACAACAGCAGCUAAACAGGGAUGCAGACCUGUUGGAGGUAGAAAGCAAACACUUUGAAGAUCUGGAGUUCCAGCAGCUGGAAAAAGAGAGCCGGCUAGAUGAAGAGAAAGAGAACUUAACACAACAGCUUCUGCGUGAAGUGGCUGAAUACCAGCGCAGUAUUGUCAGUAGGAAGGAAAAAAUAUCUGCUCUAAAAAAGCAAGCCAGUCACAUUGUCCAGCAAGCACAAAGAGAGCAAGAUCAUUUCGUCAAAGAGAAAAAUAACUUGCUAAUGAUGUUGCAGAGGGAGAAAGAGAACCUUUGCAAUCUAGAAAAGAAAUAUGCUUCUUUAUCAGGAGGAAAAGGAUUUCCUGUAAGUCCCAGCAGUUUAAAAGAGGGUUAUAUGAGUGUAAAUGACAUUAGUGAGCUGUAUGGCAAUUCCACGACUAUAUCCCCUUCCACUCCACCCCCCACUGCUGCUGAUGCUGUUCCCACUGAACCUUCCACAGCUGGCCCGAUGAGCCAGCCGCAAAAUAAAGAGCUAAGAUCAUCUCUCUGUUCUGGAUUUGUGUUUCCUCACUCCCUCUCUCCUCGCCCUCUUGCUCCACUUUCACCAGCCCACUGGCCUGAGGCCAGGGCUGCAAAUGUAGAGUCUUUUCCUUUACCUGACACACCACCUCCUCUUCCAGCUAAGAAGCACCGAAGGCAAUCCCAGCAUUUCCGAAAUCUGGAAGAGAGGAAGAAACAUCACAAAGAAGGCCCUUAUAUGAGUGAUACUUUGCCACGCAAGAAAACGGCACCCUCCAUUUCACCCCAUUUCAAUAGUUCUACUCUUGGGCGAAGUGUUAAGGGCCAUGUGCCUCUUGGACAGAGCAAUAGCUGUGGCAGUGUCCUUCCUCAUUGCUUGGGAAUGACGACCAAAGAGUCUGAAUCAAGGAGGGCCCACAAAGGUUAUAACCAUCAACACACAUGUGAAGACCCAAGCCAGAAAUCUCCUGAAUUCUACAACAGAACGGCUUCUGAAUCUAAUGUAUAUCUGAAUACCUUCCAUUAUCCUGAUCAUAGUUUCAAGGACCAUACCUUUGACACUCUGAGUUUAGACAGUUCAGACAGCAUGGAGACCAGUAUAUCUGCCUGCUCCCCUGAUAAUAUUUCAAGUGCUAGUACUUCAAAUGUUGCAAGAAUAGAAGAGAUGGAAAGACUUCUGAAACAAGCUCAAGCUGAAAAGACACGGCUGCUCGAAUCCAGGGAGAGAGAAAUGGAAGCUAAGAAAAGAGCGCUAGAAGAAGAAAAGCGUCGCAGGGAACAGCUGGAGAAAAGGUUGCAGGAAGAAACCAGCCAGCGUCAAAAACUAAUUGAAAAAGAAGUUAAAAUACGUGAAAAACAAAGGAACCAGUCUCGCCCCUUGACUCGAUAUUUGCCAGUAAGAAAAGAAGAUUUUGAUCUCAGGAGUCACAUAGAGACAGCUGGUCACAACAUUGAAACCUGUUACCAUGUCUCGCUUACUGAGAAGACAUGCAGAGGCUUUCUUAUUAAGAUGGGUGGGAAGAUUAAAACAUGGAAAAAACGAUGGUUUGUGUUUGAUAGAAACAAGAGGACAUUUUCUUAUUAUGCAGACAAACAUGAAACUAAAUUAAAAGGAGUAAUUUAUUUCCAAGCCAUUGAAGAGGUCUACUAUGAUCACCUGAAGAAUGCUUAUAAGAGUCCUAAUCCAUUACUUACCUUCAGUGUUAAGACUCAUGAUCGAAUAUAUUACAUGGUGGCCCCAACACCAGAAGCUAUGCGGAUAUGGAUGGAUGUAAUAGUUACAGGGGCAGAAGGCUACACCCAUUUCAUGUUGUAGUAAAAUGAUGCAAAGUGACAGGGCAUAAUGCAAUGAUAGCCUCAGAUUUGGGAGUGAAAAGCCAUAUUUAGUUACAUUUGACAAACCACACAAAUUUGAAGAUACAGAUCACCUUCCGUUAUGCUCCCAAAUGAAACACAUACUUUGGAAGGGGGCAUUAAUAUUUAGAUUGUUUUAAUCACUGCCAUAGCAAAAGAAAAGAAAAGCUGCUUAAAAGAUUGUAGUGCUCCAAAAUGGAUAAUCAGAUCACCCUAAGCCUAGCAUAGAGAUUUGGUGGCAUUUUCUUACAAAUUCUAUCAUGCAGAGCAGAAUGUUCCUAAUAAAAAAAUAAAUAAAUCAUAGUUUUAAAGUAUUGGUAUACCCUUCAAUAUUUCAGUAUUAAGAAGUAAAAGGGAAAAGUGUGAUGCCUUUGUUUAAUAUACAAGAUUUCUGUACAAUAUAAAAUGUAUUUUCCUUUUAGAUAUUUUAUAACAAAUUGUAGAACUGCAGUGUGUGGUGUUUUUGUCUUAAUUUACUAGGGAACCAAAGAUUCACUGUAUGGUGAGAUUUAGCGUCUAGAGAAUAGGAAUUCUGUAAUUCUUUAUGAGUGCUAAUGGAUGUUUGAAAUUGUAUUAGCAUUUCCGUAUUUUGAAAAUACUGGUGAGGAGGUAUCAGCUGAGUCUGGAAGUGUUGUUUUGGGGGGCAAUUCCCAGAACUUCACAGUCAAUUCGGUCACUGGCAUAACAAUGACUGGAGGAUUCAAAAAAGUAAUAUUUCCCAGUUUCAUAUAAAUACAGAGUCUGCUUCAUUUUGUAAACACUUUUUCUUCCAAACAUCAGGGCUAUGCCUAAGAGAAGCCCUUCUCAGAGAGCAAUAUUAGAAGAAAAUCCCUAUGUACAAGACUCUUCUUUAUUUUCUUAUUAAUUCUGCCUUGUACUUAAUUGCUUAGAAGAUCAAAACCUUUCUCCUUUAACCACUACAAAUUCAUACUCUACACAGCAUUUUAACAAGCCCAAAUGCUAACAUUUCCUUAUUCCCCCAAACACUACAGUUUUUAUUUACUAACAAACUACAAAAAGAAAAGAAAAAAGAAUACCAACAAGGAUUCAAUAAAGAAAAGUUUUAUAGUAUUUGGACCUGUUCACAUAAAGAUAUAUAAUAGGCUUGGAGAUGAGCAAGGAAACAAUGCCUUUAAUUCUCAUUAACAAGGUGUAUGUACCCCAACCUUGCACAUAAAGACCAUAAAAUGAUUUUAAUGCAACUAAAUGUAUUCCCAGGUCUAAAGUGUACGUGGCUCAAGAACUGGGCACUGGGAUAAUUUCCUUGGGUACAGAUGAAACAGUUCUCAGUUGAAGUCUUUGAAUCUUUAGAAUUAUAUAUCCCUUGCUGAUGAAA